UGAAGAGAGAGAACCAACCUCUUUGCCGCGACUCUUGCGACUGUUGUUGUAUGUUGUUCCGCACUGCGCCAGAGUUUUCGGUCGUAGUUGCAUGGCUGCUGGAGCGUUGGACAGACGCACACCGCGACGCUCCCCACUUUUUUUUUGGCCCAUUCGCCACGACCACCCCCAUCAUUACGAUCAUCAUUCACCUUUUUAUCAUCACCUGAAUCGACGCUCUUCUUCUUUCCGUUUGACUCGUCGCUACGUCAAAUCAAAUUGACCGUCGCUAAAGUGUUGCGCGCAUCGUCAUUUUUAACAGUUUUGAUCUAAGUUUAAGGAGUUUGAGUUGUUGAUUGGCCAACGUGAUUCGUGAGUGAUUUGGACGCCUGCUUUUUUUUUUGGGGACUUCGACGUUGGACACGUUUGGAAAUCAAGUGUCAUCACCUAACACGUCGUGUGAUAACAGUUCGAUAUCCUCUUUGCUCAAUCAUCGCACUCCGAUUUUUUUUUUUUUUCCAGAAUCGCAAGUGUGUUUUAAGUUGGUGAACAAUCCGGCAGAGUUUCGAUAUAUUUUUUUCCCCUCACUUGGUUCUUAUUUUGUGAUUCAUCACGGCGACGCUAUUCCAUCCGCAUUUUGUUUUAGGUGUGGAAGCAGGUGAAGAAGAGGACGAGCUGAGUAGCGACUCCACCCCAAUGAUCAGCAUGGACGUAAACGGCCCUGCUGGAAUGGCUCCGCAGUCCCAGCAGCAGCAGCAGCAGAUGCACCAGAACGCGCAAAUGAUGCACAUGUCGUCUGGCGGAGGCGGCGGAGGCAGCGGAGACGAUUCCAAGAAAAAACUGUACCAUUCGUCUGGAACAGGUCACGGCGGAGUCAACCAGCUCGGCGGCGUCUUCGUCAACGGACGACCUCUGCCCGAUGUUGUCCGCCAACGGAUCGUCGAAUUGGCCCACAACGGAGUCCGACCCUGCGAUAUCUCCCGCCAGCUCCGAGUCUCCCACGGAUGCGUCUCCAAGAUACUAUCCAGGUACUACGAGACGGGCAGCUUCAAGGCUGGCGUGAUUGGCGGGAGCAAGCCGAAAGUGGCCACGCCCCACGUCGUCGACGCCAUCGCCGACUACAAGCGCGAGAACCCCACGAUGUUCGCCUGGGAGAUACGCGACCGGCUCCUGGCCGAAGGCAUUUGCAACCAGGAGAACGUUCCCAGCGUCAGCUCCAUUAACAGGAUUGUGCGGAAUAAAGCGGCGGAAAAGGCGAAGUCGGUCAGUCAUCACGGACAUGGACACGGUCAUGGACACGGAGGUCACGGAGGACACGGAGGUCACGGCGGCAACAGCGGCGGAGGAAGUAACAGCGGGCCGGUGAGCCCAGUUUCGUCUCAAACGGCUUCGGUCAUCACUCACGGAUCGGCAGCCUCCACCGGUAACAACCAACACCAACAACAACAACAACAACACGCUAUGCAACAACAGCAGCACGUCUUGCCGCCGCACGACUCGCCUCACCAACGCCCAGGCUCUUACAGCAUCAACGGCAUCCUCGGCAUCCCGCAGACCGACCCCAACGGCAACAUUAAACGGAAGCGAGACGAUCACGAUGAUAUUCGCGAUCUCAAUGGCCACGCAAAUCAAGACGAGGAAAUUAAACGUCAGCGAUUGCAUUACGGCAGCGAUCAACUUUAUAGCAUGUGGCCGACCAAGUGGAGCACCAGUUUGAAGGACGACAAACUCCUGCCGGACAUUGGCAGCGUGACUGGAGUUGUCAGCUCACCGACGGGCAGCAACAACGUCGGCGGAUCGCCUUACUCUCUGCCCAGUUUCGUUUCGGAUCACCAACAGCAGCAGCAACAGCAACAACAACACCACGGCGUGGGGCAACAGCAAUCGGGUGGGGGCGGCCAAAACGGCUCCAACAACGGAGGUCCAGGCAACAACCCCAACGCUUUUAAUGGCGUUGUGACGUCUAGCAGUUCGGGCGAUCCGCUCUACGAUACCAUCAGCACCAUGACGCAAGCUCAGAGCACGUCCAUCUACACUCCGCCGCUGGGCACAUCUCUCGGCAGUGGCUCUUUGACACCUUUGACGCCCAUCAGCAUGCAGGAUAUUAAGGCGCACAUGUUGACGCCGAACGGCGUCGUCGACACGUCUCUCCAGUACCAACAAGACGGCAUCGGUGGUCUUUCGGUCUGCACUGCAGGUACUGGCGGGUACGCUAGUUCUGGGCUUGCUGGGCCUACUGGGCUUGGUGGUGGCGCUGGGCACCACCAUCACUUACUAGCUCACAACUCUUCGCCACUGCCGGGCAGCACUUGCCUGAUCCAGCAUCAGCAACACCACCAAUGCACGACAACGACAACGGCGUCGUCCAUGUCGGACGGCGGCCAUGAUGUCCAUCCUCAUCACCACAUGGACAUGGACAUGGAUCAAGCGGCCUCUCACGGCUUUUGUGCCGCCGUCUACCGGACGAUGGCCGAGACGCCGACAGAGUCGCCUCCGCAGCACCACCACAACCAUCACAACAACAAUAACAACAACAAUCACCAUCACAACCUACAGCAGAGCAUCGAGGAGCACGAGGAGCAGGAGAAGGCGGCGCGGAUCUUGUCCUCGCCUCCUCCCGCUGCCUCCGCCCCACCGACCGCCUCCUCCCGUUCCGCCUCCUCCGCUCUCACGCUCCUCCAACCCAUUGCGGCGGCGGCGGCGGCAGCGGCGGCGGCAGCGUCUUACACUUUACCCAGUCUCAUGGCUCCCUACCCCAACAGCACGGCUUCAGGCGAGUAGAAUAUCAAAGAGAAAACAAAAGAGACUAACCAAAGAAAAGAGAAAGACAGAACACGGGCAAACAAAAAGAAUCCCUGGCUUUGAAAAUGAAACUAACCUAAAACCUAAGAAAUCUUUUUAGAUGUGCUUGUUUGUUUGUGGCCGAUGUUCUCUUCAUCUUUCCUGCAUCGCUUGACUGAUUUGGCAUGAAAUUUGGAUGAUUAGUUUUCCUUUUUUUGACAACUGGUAGUCUGACUUUUGAUUUAUUGAUGUUGCACCAGCACAAUGCUUUUGUUUUUCGCUUGAAAUUUAUUUCUAGUUUUUAUUUUCCUGAAUUCUCUCAAUCCAACCAUGUCAAACUCUUUUGUCUGGUUGUGUCUACUUAUGUUUGCCUUGCCGACGUGAUCUCUUUCUUUCUGGCCAUCGUUAUUCCGGUAUUUCAUGGCGGAAGGCCGAUGUGGAAUGGAUGCACUCACUCUACAUCCAGCUGUGAAAGAAAGAGAAUUAAACACAUCGGUCAGUCAGUCCUAUCCGUUUUCGUGACGAUAGGAAACGAAAGAAAAA